GUGGAGGGUCCUGUCCACAGGCAAGCAGUCGAGCAAAGGACUUCGUGGCGAACGUUCUGGUACAGCUGCUGGUGAACAGCAAAGCGUCGCGGUUGUGUUUCCGUUACAGUUUGAAUCGGUUCGAAAGUGGAUGCUGCAGAAGCUCACUUUAAGGUGCGAGUCAAAUUAAUUUUUGAGGCAGUGCAAGUGCGGUGGAUCCUUUCGACGCGAAAGAGAACUCAAUUAACAGGGACUUUGCAGUAGAACCGCUUCCAGGAGGCCAUCCACGAUGCAGACGGUGCACAAAUCUGCACACAGCAGUAGGCGGCUGGUGCUGUUGCUCUCCAUGCUGCUCAAUGCCGCCAUCCAACCACGCUCCCUUAUCGUGAGUGCCUCUGAUGAUGUAGGCAAUGUGUCGCCCUGCGAAAUGGAGUCCCUUAUAAAUCAGCUGAUGAACCCCAGUCCCGAGUAUCAGCUUCACGCCUCCGCCUUGCGCAAUCAACUGAAGAACUUGCUCCGUGAGCGCCAGCUGGCCGUGGGCGAGGAGCAACCUCUGGGUGAGUACUCAGACUAUAUGGAGGAGGAUAAGCGCUCGGUGGCUGCUUUGGCUGCGCAGGGCCUCCUGAACGCCCCGAAGAGAAGCCUGGCCACCCUGGCCAAGAACGGACAGCUGCCCACGGUGGAGCCCGGCGAGGAUUACGCCGACGCCGACUCCGCCGAGCCUAGUGAGCAGAAGCGAUACAUCGGCUCCCUGGCCAGAGCCGGCGGACUGAUGACCUAUGGCAAGCGCAACGUAGGCACUCUGGCCCGCGACUUUCAGCUCCCCAUCCCCAACGGAAAACGAAACCUAGCCACCAUGGCCCGUCUGCAGAGUGCUCCCUCCACCCACCGGGAGCAGCCAAAAAGAAAUGUGGCCGCCGUCGCCCGCUACAACUCGCAGCAGAGAGCCGGUGCCGAGAAACGCAACCUGGGGGCACUGAAGUCCUCGCCGGUGCACGGAGCUCAGCAGAAGCGCGAGGACGAAGAGAUGCUCCUGCCGGCCGCCGCCCCCGACUACGCCGAUCCCAUGCAGAGCUACUGGUGGUAUCCCAGCUAUGCCGGUUACGCUGACCUCGACUGGAAUGAUUAUCGUCGGGCAGAAAAGCGUUUUCUAGACACCUCCAAGGAUCCCGAAUUGUUCAGCAUCGAGCAUGGCAACGACGCCAAAGAUGCCGCUGCGGAGGCAAACGAGACGAAUGAGGAGCCGGAUGAGGAGCAGUUGCCAUCGCCCCAGAAGCGCCACAUAGGCGCCGUGUACCGGUCCGGAUUCCUGCCCAGCUACCGCUACCUGCGUAGCCCCGGAGGGGGUGGUGGCUACGGCGGGACCGGUGGGCGUUUUAGUCGCUCGGGACGGGACGCCAGGCAAUUUGUCGGGUACUUCCCCCAACACGAGCGACUGCGUCAACCCAUCGCAGCCGUUUGUAAGAAGUGUUUCAUACCCAAUCAACCGACGAUUAAUUGGAGCGGUGCUGGCAUACGCGGUCGUCUGUCCAAGUUCUACGUGGAUUCCGUGGACCCUCAAGCGCGCAUGCCCAGAGUUUCCAGUAAUUCGCUGCCAUCAGGACGACCGCCGCGUCCGCUCUUGCGCACUGGGGCUCCAGUCUAUCCGCCCUUCCACUCCUGGGGCACUCCGCCGCGUAUCACAGCACUGCAUCGACGAGAAUUUCGACGCAACUUGGACAACUACGAAUACUAAAUAUCGACAAUAUACUCUUUAUGCUAAUUUUGCGAUAAAACUAUGCAGUACACAUACUAAAUGUAGAUACCCAUUCCCCAAAAUUAUUGGUUAAGUCACACACAACACCUGCGGCACUCGCAACUACCGAGGCUAGCGAGUGCACUCGAGAGUUAACGGUGUUCCAAUCUGUAGGAUCUGUGUUGCUAUAUCUCUCAAUGUAUAGGUUAUAUUUACAAAUCUGAAGUAACUGAUAUCAGUGCAAAGCAAAAAAAAAAACGAUAAAUAUCAAAGAAAAUCAUAUCGUCUUUAUCAUUUAAACAGUUGAAGGAAAUAUUAAAUUAGUGCCAAUGUUGUACCUUGCAUGUUAAAAACCCUUUUGCCCAACAUCCUUUAUGGGUAUAUGACAAUAAAUUUUUCCCCUAGUCCAAAGCUAUUUAUUACCACCAGCGAUCAUUGAUAUAUGAGAGUAUUAACAAACUGCGUCAAAGACAAUAAAACUUGGUGAGAAAUAAAGAAAAAUAUCGAUAUAUAUACACAUAAAUAUAUUAUACCUAUAUGUAUUUCAGACAAUAAAUAAAAUAUUGACAAUAAAACAAUACAAAGGUAUUAAGUAUUUCAUUACAAGUCUUUGGAUUAUUUUAAAAUUUUUAAAGUUAUUGGAAAAAAGGAUAUAUAAAUAACUGUGUAAUAAUAAGUCUGAUGUUGUCAAUAACUAACUUAAACGAUUAUGAAUUUUCAAAUCAAAGAAUUGCAAAUGAGAAAGAAAAAUAAUAAUUUAUUACCAAGAAUUUACUUCGAUUAUAUAUGAAACCUAUUUAAGCCCGCAUUCAUGAGGUUAAGCUCCAAAAACAGGAACAGAAAGCUAAGAACUCGCAGCGGAAGUAUCCACUUAUUAUCAACGUUAUGUAUCUGUAUACACCUUAUGUACAUCAUAUUAAAUUAAU